GCCCCAGCCCCAGCCCGCGCCGUCCCGACCAAGCCGUCGGCGCCGAUCGAGCGUCGCGCGGUCGCCGUGCCGUCGUCCCCGAUCCAGCGCGUCAUCGGUUUCGGGUCCCUCGCCGCGGGUCUCGCGGCGGGGACGAUAUCCGAAUCGGCCAGGCGAGCGUGGAGGGGACGAGGACGGAAGCCCACGAACGACUCGAACGGCGAUUCGUCUUCUCCCGCCGAAGCGGAGUCCAUCAUCCCCGGCGACUCGAUAUUCAUGACCGAGGCGAACGCGGAGAGGCUGGCGGUCGCGCUCUGCCGCAUGCGCGGCGCCGCGCUCAAGCUCGGCCAGAUGCUCUCCAUCCAGGACGAGUCCGUGAUACCGCCCCAGGUGCAACGAGCCCUGGAGCGCGUGAGGCAGGGCGCCGACGUCAUGCCCGCGGACCAGCUCGAGAAAACCGUCGAGUCGCACCUCGGCGUCGGGUGGAAGGAUUCGCUGCUGAGUUUUAACCCCGAGCCCCUCGCCGCGGCGUCCAUAGGGCAGGUGCACCUGGCGACUGUGCUCGAUCCGGACGACCCGGAGUCGACCCGGACGUUGGACGUGUGCAUGAAGAUACAGUACCCCGGGGUGGCGCGAUCGAUCCACAGCGACAUCGACAACCUGAUGCGACUCGUGUCCCUGACGGACAUCCUGCCCAAGGGUUUGUACGUGGAACACGCGGUGGCGGUGGCGAAAGAGGAGCUGACGCUGGAGUGCGACUACGAGUACGAGCGGGACUCGCAGGCGCACAUGGCGCGGUUGCUCAGGGACGAUCCCCACUGGCACGUCCCGAGGGUGAUCCCGGCGCUGUGCAGCAAAGGGGUCAUCACCACCGAGUACGCGCCGGGGGUGGCGAUCGACAAGGCGGCGCACUUACCCCAGGACGAGAGGGACUACAUCGGCACGCAGCUGCUGAGGGUGACGCUCCGGGAACUCUUCGAGUUUCGGUUCAUGCAGACGGAUCCGAACUUUGCAAACUUCCUCUACGACUCCCCCACGCGGAGGCUCACCCUGAUCGACUUCGGCGCCGCGAAGCAGUUCCCGAAGAAGUUCGUCGACGACUACCUUCGAAUGGUGGUGGCGUGCGCGGAGAGGGACAGGAAAGGGCUCAUCGACGCUUCCGUCUCGCUCGGGUUUUUAACCGGAGACGAGUCCCCGGUGCUGAUGGACGCCCACGCCGAGGCUGGCUUUCAGGUGGGCAGGCCGUUCGCCGCGGAGGGCGCGUACGACUUUGGCGCCGAGCGGGACAUGACGCGGCGCGUGGCGGGACUCGGGAAGGUGAUGCUGAAGCACCGACUGACGCCGCCGCCGAGGGAGGCGUACUCGUUGCACCGAAAGUUAUCGGGCGCGUUUCUGGCGUGCAUGAGGAUCGGCGCGAGGGUGCCCGCGAGGACGAUGCUGCGGGAGAUGUACGAGAAGUACGAGUUCGGGGAGGAG